AUGCCCUCUCCCUACUGGGCCCUCGCGGCGGUCGCUCCGGCCUUUGUCAGCGCUGCCACGCUCGCCGACGUCUGCACGACAGCCCACGCGCAAGAAGCCCUCCCCGCGGCCGGCUUCAUCCCCGGAAUCACCAUUGACGCCUCCUCGGUAGAGACGUCAGUAGUCAGCAACGCCUCCGUCAGCUCCGAGUGGUAUCCGGCCAGCACCAUCGCGUACUGCAACGUCACCUUUGCGUACUCCCACGACGGCCUCGCCGACGACAAGGUCCACGUUACUUACUGGGUGCCCGCUCCCGACAGCUUCCAUAACCGAUACGUGUCGACCGGCGGCGGCGGCCUCGCCAUCAACUCUCAGAGCCAGUACAUCCCCACGGGCAUUAUCGUCGGCGCCGUCUCGGGCAUCACCGAUGGCGGCUUCGGGUCGUUCAACACGCAGUGGGACGCCGUGUUCCUCGCGGCCAACGGCACCGUCAACUGGCAGUCGGUCUACAUGUUUGGAUACCAGGCACACAACGAGCUGGCGACGCUCGGAAAGGAGUUCACCAAGAAGUUCUACAGCGUCGGCGACGACCAGAAGAUUUACUCGUACUACCAAGGCUGCUCCGAGGGUGGUCGUGAGGGUUGGAGCCAGGCCCAGAGGUUUGCCGACCAAUUUGAUGGCCUUGCUAUUGGCGCACCUGCGUUCAGGUACGGACAGCAGCAGGUCAACCAUCUCUCGGCCAACGUCAUGGAGCAGACGCGCAACUACUUCCCUCCCUCCUGCGAACUCGAAAAGAUCCUCAACCUAACCAUCGCCGCAUGCGACCCCCUCGACGGCAAGACCGACGGCGUUGUCUCCCGAUCAGACCUCUGCAAGAGCACCUUCGACUUUAGCACCACCGUAGGCCAAGCUUACUCCUGCGAAGCCAAGACUGGUAACAGCGGCCCCGGCGGCUUCGACGGCCUCGAGCGCCGCCAGAUGCCCACGAACCCGACUCCGGCCCAGAACGGCACCGUUACCGCCGAGGCCGCCACCCUCGUCGCCGAGUACUACGACGGACUCCGCGACUCCGAAGGCAAGCGUGUCUACCUCAGCUACCAACCUGGCUCAGCCUUCACCGACGCCGGCACCGCAUUCGAUGAGGCGACGCAGACCUGGGGCCUAAGCAUCUCUGGCCUCGGCGGCGAGUGGGUGGCGCGCUACCUCCAGCUCCGCGAUACCAGCACGCUCGAAUCCCUGGCCAACGUCACCGCCGACACCCUCCGCGACUGGAUGCUCCUCGGCAUGAACAAGUACGCCGACUCCCUGCAGACGACGUACCCGGACCUCGGCGGCAUCCGGGCCGCCGGCGGCAAGAUCCUCCACGUGCAUGGCGAGCAAGACGACUCGAUCCCCGCGGGCUCGUCGGUGCACUACUACGAGUCCGUCCGCGGCGUCAUGUUCCCGGGCCAGGGCCUCAACGAGAGCUCGGCCGCGCUCGACGAGUUCUACAGGCUGUACCUGGUGCCCGGCGGCGCCCACUGCGGGUCCAACGCGAACCAGCCCGGCGGCGGGUGGCCGCAGACGACGCUGCAGACGGUGAUCGAGUGGGUGGAGAAGGGCAGCGCCCCGGACAGGCUGAACAACACGGGCGUCGGCAUCGACUCGCUCUGCCGUUGGCCUCUGAGGCCGCUGUGGUCCAACGACGGGGCGGCGUUCGACUGCGUCUACGACCAGGCCUCCAUCGACAGUUGGAAGUCCACGUUUGAUGCGUUCAAGGUAACAGUCUACUAG